AGGAGAAGCUUCCGAAGAAGCGGCGACGAGUGGCGCGCCGACAGUCGGAGGUUCACUGAGAGGAGGGGGAAAAAGACAGUGAGAUUCGACGGUGGGACCAAUGUAGGUGGCUCACAGGAGGACUGGUCUUGGGAGGCUGAUCGUCAAGGUAGCCAAGACAGCGCAACCAAAGACUCAGGAAUAGACACAUCGAGUACAUUUACAAGCAGUGAAGACAGCAAUCGCGGUGAUUUACCAAAGCAACCGUUGUCCUGGCAAGGGAGUAGCGAUGGGCACAAGACAAUUGGUCACAUGAUCCUGCGGAAAUCAGCUUCCGGAAGUAGUAGCAUUCUGGGCCUCAAGGUUGUCGGCGGAAAGCUCCUGGAAGAUGAUAGAGUUGGCGCCCUCAUCGAAAAGGUCAAGAAAGGGAGUACAGCGGAUGUUGAGGGACAGUUGAGGCCAGGGGACGAAGUGAUCGAGUGGAACGGCCACUGCCUCCAAGGUAAAUCAUCCCAAGAAGUUUACGACAUAAUAGCAGCAUCUCGGGACGAAUCUCAGGUAGAAUUAUUCAUCUCGAGAAAUCUAUCUGGUCCAGUUAGUACACCGAUGAUGACCGGCAUGCCCACCACCAUAAUGCCAAUGACACCUAGGCGAAUAACAGCGCAGACUCAGUGGAGACAGAAACACGAGCCCAUGCCAAUACCCCACCAGCCUCACCACAAAGGUCUUAAGAAAUGUAUACUAUGGGAACUGUACGACGUGAGGAGAGAUAAGCCAUCGGUCCUGGUGACAUCACCUGGAUCACCUGAUAUCAAUGCCCAUGGCAGGGGCAGACAUCAACGGCAUCCCACGAGUGAUGCUCAUGUGGGAGGAAGAGUGCAACUUCAUCUUCGAUACGAUCAUAAUCGUGGUGAGCUUAAUGUCGACAUUAUUUGUGCCUGCGACCUGCUAAAGAGGGCUAAUGGACAGUUGAGGAAUUCUUACGCUAGAAUUUAUCUCCUACCCGAUAAGAGUGAAGGAACGAAGAGAAGAACGAAAACGGUGCCGAAUACGAAUGCACCCCAAUGGAACCAGACAUUUGUCUACAACGUGAGAAAGUUUUCGGAGCUCAAGUACAAAUCGUUGGAGGUUACUGUUUGGGAUAACGUCAGGUACGGGACAAAUGACUUUCUCGGUGAGGCGAUUGUCGAGCUCGCUUACCUACCAGAGACACCACAGUGGCACUACCUGUAUCUCCCAGACGAGAGACGUCACAUUGGGCAGUACCAGGAGCCAUCCGACGACAUCGCGAUAACUCCCGUUGACUAUCACCUGAGUCCACCGUCGACGACGUCCAGGUUGAGUGACUCGGACACCUCUGAGUAUGACAUCACCGAUGGUGAUGUAUCCCAGCAGAGAAGGGGAGCCGAUGGAGCCAGCAUCAGCAGCAUCGGCAGUUCAUCCAGGUUUCAUAAUAUGCCGUCAAAUUAUAAGCGCCACUAUUCCAGCCCACCACCUGAGAGGGAUCUCUGUAUGGACAGUGAACAUCGCAGUCGUAGGGACAUGUCACCGCAGGGUAGAAAGAGGGCUGCAUUGAUGAUAUCGAGGGAUCAACCUGUGUCAAUGUCCAUGUCUUAUUCGCCGUACAGAAAGCAGGACGAAAUGCCGCGCAGUACGAUGGGUCACAGGUCCCAGAGCGCUGCCCCCAUGGACUCGCCAAAUCUUCACUACAGGGGUAGAUCGCAGAGUCCCACUGGUCAUCGUUCACUAUCACCACCAGAGCACAGAUCCAUCCCUUAUUCCCAUGGCUACGUGUCAGCCAGAUUUGGAUCGAGAUCAGCUACUGCCACACCCACUGGAUCACCCAAGAAACGACAAUUGCCACAGAUACCAGCUAAAUUGCAUGCAGCCUUGAAGGAGAGAGUUGUCCAAGAUCUCGAGGAGAGAGCGAGACUGAUGAGGCACAGGAAUAGACAGGUUCACACAACAUAUAGGAGUACAGAAAUGGGAGGAUGGGAAAGACAUUACAGUGGGCUAUCAGACUCUGAUCUCCUGUCAAUAGGCCACGAUCCCCAGUCCCUCUCGCACGGCCACAGAAUGCACAGACCAAGGAGAGGACACCUGAGUCCCGACAAAGAUGUUCUCGGUGAUUUUGGCGAUUCGGAUAUGGAGAGUAUUGCCUCAGUGGCAAGCAGUACAUUCAGCACACAGUCGGAGAGGCCGCGUGGCUCUAGAACUCUCGUUGAUUACGCCAGUCCCAGUGGUUCGUACGAGAAGGCCUCAAUGAGACAUCAAGUUUCUGGGGAUGGACACAAUGGUCUUGCCAAGAGGGGACAGUUCACCAGGAGCUUGAGUAAUGCCGAUGCCCCGCCCGAUGAAAAAACUGCAGACGGAAGCUUGAGUGAUACAGCAGUGGGUCUCCAUGUGGAGGAGACAACGAGAAGAGGAAGGAAAAGUUCACCAGGAAGUAAAAGCGGAAGUGGCAGUAGCAGCGGUGGAGGGAGUGCUGUGCAGUAUCAGGCUGGUCUUUCGAAGAAGAGUGUCAGCACGAGCCAACUGUCAGCGACAGAGUGCGGUGUGGUUGGAAGCGGUACCGAUACAAGGGCAUCUAGUGUAGCUAGCCGAAAAAGGAACAGCACACCGAGCAGCUUUCAACGCUCGCAGGAGGUUGUUCCGUGUUAUCAGCGACUUGGUGCAACAAGCCAGGGUGGCUCAGUUGCCAGUGACACCGCUGGAUCCCUCAACUCAAUCUCUAGUUCUGAAGCAAGCUCUUGGUCUCCGUGCCUGAGAACAGCAGGUGAAGGUGGACAACUGAGUGAAUUCAUCGAUGGACUUGGACCUGGUCAAUUGGUUGGCAGACAAGUCCUCGGUGCUUCAUCACUCGGUGACAUUCAGUUAUCACUGAAAUACAAAAAUGGACUUCUGGAAGUCGAGGUCGUACGUGCGAGGGGUCUCCAGAUCAAACCGGGAUUCAAAGUGCAUCCAGCUCCUUACGUCAAGGUUUAUCUCGUGAAUGGCAAAAAAUGUAUAGAAAAGGCAAAAACUACAGCUGCGAGAAAAACUUUAGCCCCUCUGUAUCAACAGACUCUAGUAUUCAGGGAAAACUUUCAGGGGUGCUAUUUACAGGUAACGGUAUGGGGUGAUCACGGCCGAAUAGAAGGGAAAAAAGUAUUCAUGGGUGUUGCACAAAUAGCGCUGGACCUUCUGAAUUUGAGUGAAGUGGAUGCAAUCGGGUGGUACAAACUCUUCGGCAGCACGCAUCUGGUCAGUGGUACUCCAUCCUUAGCAUUAUCGCGUCGCUCCUCGGCCGCAUCUCUGGACUCUCUAAAAUUAUGAGAGCUGAUUGAAGUCCCCCAAUCAAUGAGAAACUAACUGCCCCCCGAAGCAACGAGGCAAUAGCCCCCAAAGACAAAAAUACAAUCGAUAUGAAAUUCAAUGUUCACUUUUUUCUGUACUAAAGAACAAUUGUUGAAGAGAUAUGUAUAUCGUAUUACGAGAUACUUAAUUCGGAUGUUAACGUCACAUCUGAUUAUCCAAUGCUCAAACUGAUUGAGCAAACUCGCCGAAUGUGGAACUUGAGUCGCUUAUUGUUGGAGACUAGGCCCCAGAGAAUAACUAAUAGAGAUUGUAACAAGGUUGAAGUGUUUUUAAGGGAGUAAUUGAUCGAUUUGAAAGUUCCUUUGAGAGAAGUUGAAGGAUUACUCUGAUCUGCGAGUGAUUGACGGCUCUGAAUACGGUAAUGCAGGUGUAGUUUACGAGAUUGAUGACACAUUAUAAAAAGGAGGGAAUCCCGUGCGGCCAGAGGAGUGCACUGUGAAGGAUAUUAUUUUCAAUAAAAGUGAUUGAAUGAGAUAUUUAAAAAAAACGUACCACUUAAAGCACAUCACAUAUCAUGUCAGAUGAACUAGUCUCUAGGUAGACUAGCUGUAGACGUAGCGGCCAUGUGACCGGAUCGCCAGAUAGCUUUAGUGAAAUCAAUGGAGCUCGAGUGAACGUCAUGCUGACAUAAACUCGAACGUGGUGUGUCUAUCAAAGUGAAACCCAAAGGAGAGACAAUAUUGAGUAUAAAAAAAUGUGAUCGACGAAAGUGGACGAUCCGCUGAGUGCGAAACCGAGUCGCAUAUUCAAAGUGACGAGUCUGUGAAAAACUUAAUUUUCGAGUAAUCGCGUGAGUGAUUAAAAAAUCGCUAUAAUGAGCUCUGAAGAGUUGAUUCGAUUAAUGUAUCUAUCAGACCGAUAGCUGAGGACCACCGGUCAUGAACUAUAUAUAGCGUAUACAUAUGCAGAUAUAUGUAUAGAUAUAUGAAAAAAAAAAAUAUGAAACGUUGCUAUAUUUGUAUAUGGAAGGUUUUUAAAUUUAGAAAUCUUUCAAUUAUAUUGACUGCUGAAUGCGAGCGAUGUUUAAACCUUGAAUUUAUUUAUUCACUCUUGUUUCAUUGAUCAGAUUAUAUUCACAUUUACGUCAUCGACAGAUGGUGAAAGAGAAAGAAUUUCAAUUGAAUCACAAUAUUCAUGGAAAUUUAUUCGGCACUGUGUGUGUACCUUGUUGUAAAUAAUUGUACGGCGAAAGGGGUAUGCAUGCAGCUCGAAUAUUGCGUGACUGAAAAGCGCCGUGUGAUGAACGAGCAAUGUUGUAUAAUUGGGGGAUAUAUAUAUAUGGACUCGCAUUGAGUUUUUAACUGCCUGGUAAAUAUUUUUCUCAUUGAGAAUUCAAAGUUUUUCAGUUUGAAUUGUACUCACCCUAGGAUAAAUAAUAUUUUUGUUAUUCAAUUUAUUCGAUUAUGUGAGUCAAUCGAGUGAAUUUUCAGGAUUAGAUGAAGGAUGGAAUUUGUAUUCUACUGUAUAGCUGUUGAUCGUCAUGUUAUCGAUUAAAUUCAUCUGUGUUUACACGUCGCAUGGUCGCACGCAGAUAAACGGUGGAUUAAAAAUGAUAAAUUCUAGAGGAAAACAGAAUCCGUGGAAAGAAUCUGCUCAUCACCUCAUGUCAGCUUAUUUACGUCAGCUUCAUUCAAUAUUAUUUCGGAGAGAUCUAGAUAUUUUGCUUGGGUAAAAUGAGCGUAGGCAACGUCUGAAUUCCAACAGCUGGAUACGAUCGUGUGAGAGCCAUAGAAGGAUCUUAUCAUAUCUAUAAUGUGCUUAACUAAAAUUAGAGGGAAAUAACUCAAAAAAAAUAAAUAAACGAAACAACCAAAAAUGAAAAAAAAAAAAAAUCAAUUAAAACAUACAACCACAAAACAAGGAGGAUUUUUUACUCGUGAAACCAAAUGAAUACUGAACUGUAGAGUCGUAAAGAAUAAUCGAGAAUUAUAAAAAAUAUAACAAUUGAUGAAACAUUGUAAGUACUGUGAAAAAGACGAGAUUAAAAGAAAAAUAAAAAAGAAAAUUAAAUAACGAUUUAACGAAUAAGCUGAAUUUCUAAGUAAAACUUUUUGCAAAGCGUGAGUGGGAGAAUUAUAGUCACAGGGGGUCAAACAAAUGAAUAAAAAAAUAAUUACAAGUAACGAGAGAGAAUAAACAGCAGUGUAAUAGUCAAAACAAAAUUGAGGAAUGGAUAAAUAUAUGAGACUAUUGAUAAUGUAAAAUGUUCAGUUUGUAAUCCACCAUUUUGCGCGUCUAUUCUAGUCCCUGCAAUCAAUCGAUAAUCAUCGAGAUUUUAUUUUGUAAUGAACCCACAAUUUUAAUUUCACUAAUUCAGGACAAUUUUUCAUGCAAUUGUAAAUCACCAGGGAAUAGAAAGACGCGGACUGGUCCGCGCUUGAAAAAAAAAAACAUAAAAUAUUGCAUAUCCUAUUCAGAUGUAGAUCUUUGAUAACUUACUAAAAAAACAAAAAACUAAAAAACUAACGAAUGAAAGAAAUAAAAUGGAGAAUAUACUUUAGACUUGACAAGUGGGAACGUUUGAAUUUUUUCUUAGACUUUUCUACGAAAGAGUGUGUCGUGUAUUCGUGAGACUACCACCGGUUGAGGGAAUAAAACGGAGUAGUGAGAGAGUAAUUAGAGAGAUGAUUUAUUUGAAUCGCACAGGGCGGAAAUUUCUAAUGCAAAAUUUCAAACAGAAAACCAUCGGGCACAUCCAUAUGUUGCACAUACCAUUGAAAAUUGCACUGUGUCGUUGAAUAUUGUAAUAAACGUUACGAGGAGAAAAAAAAACGCAUAAGUUUGGUGAUGAAUGAAUCACGAGGAAAAAAAACCAUUGAGAAUGUGCUGUGCUUUGUUGAUAUCCGCAAAGUGGCAUAGCAAGAGUUUAAAUCAAAUUUAUUAGGUGAAUCACUGAUUGAGAAGAAAAAUGUGGAAAAAAUAUGAGUACCAAAAUUUUUUGAAUUACGUUUUCUUUUGACCCACUGUGAGUGACAGAAAGACUGCCUCUUUUGCCAUUGGAAAUUCAUCUUCACGAAAUAACUUGAGAAAUAAACGAAGAAAAGAAGUGAAAAUUGAAUAUAGAUAUUGUUUACGUUAAUCAUUUGAGAAAGUAUAUGAAAACUGAUUCCUACCCUUGCCUUGCCGAUUUGUAAAUAGGCGUGCUCAAUUCGAUAGCUCGGCGGUGAAUCAUGAAUACAUAUAAUCUUAAUAACGGAUCGUAAAUUCCAACAAAAAAUGAUGAAUGAAAGAGAUAAAAAAAAUAAAAAAAAUUAAUAUCCGACUUUGUACCUAUACUAAUUAAACUUAACGAACCGAAAAACUUACCAUUAAAAUAUCUGGAUUGCACAUGACUGCUUAUUUCGAUGACGUUUGGAGAUACAUUGAAUGAUCAUUUUGGGAAAUUGCACCAUUGAGAACCAAACAACAUCAGCAAUAAAUAAUUAUAUCAUCCAAGCGCGAUGGGGUACCACUUUUGUCAAAUUUAAUGAGCCAACUUAGGGUUUUAAAGGAAUCGAUGAAGAAUGAGAAGACACCGGUGUGACACUCGAACAAAUGGAAAAUUACGAAGUGCGGAUUAACGACAAUGCCAACAAUUUAUUAAUUAUCAAAUUAAUUAACGACUACCUUAUAGAGUCGAGUCCAAAAAAAAUGUAGGAUAAGUUAUCUUGUAUCUUGUAUUUAAUGUCACGACUGAUUCGUGCGAGGAGACGUUCAAUGAUCACUUGAAUAAAUUAUUCGUACGCACGAGUCGGUCGUAAGAUGGUGAUCCUUACCUUUACUACCAAACAAAUCAUAAAAGAGAAAAAAAUGAAGAAACUGUUGAAAAUGAAGUGAGAAUUACUACUCGAGUUUAGACGAGAUAAUCGGGACAAGCUUCGUACAUUUCUAAUUUGUCAAUGGUGAUAUAAAAAAAUGUGAAAUACGACCGUGUACUUAUUGUUUCCCUUGAGAACGCGUGGUAUGUGAGAAUGUGAAGAUAAAAAAAA